AUGAUUAUUGCUCGUUGUUGGUUAGAACAUCUAUUUAAAUGUGCUUUUAAGUGGUCAAUUUUUAAGUGUAUAUUUAAUCCACAAAUGAUCAAUAUUUUGUUUGAUAACGACAAAUCAAUUCCUCUUCAAUUUAACAUUGAAUUGACAAAUGUUUCUGUUAGAAACAAAAACUUUGAAAAUAUUUUGAACUUUUCUUUUAAUCAUUUAUCAAACACUCACCUUAACCUCAGUACCACCGAUGAUGACGUUAUUACAGAACAACAUACAAAUAUUUUAUUUAAUAAAAUAAUAAAUGAAGGAAAUAAAUUCCCACAAAUUUGGUUAAAUAAUUCUAAUUUUGCAAGGCUUUAUGAUCUUAUUAUAGAAUAUAUAGCAACAGCGAGAGAUUGUUCAAAAAUGGCGCCUGCUAUUACUUUACGCAUUCCUAAUUACACAAGUCAUAAAUUAAGUGAAAGAGCAGAAAAAGUUGAAAUUAAAGAAGAAGAGGGUCUAAAAUAUACAGGUCAUGAAAUUUCCAAUAUUUACAAUUCAAGAGUGAGAUUUUCAUUUGAAGAAAGAAAUUUUAUUAAAUCGGCAUAUAGUUCGUUUGAAAUCAGAAAAAUGAAAGUAUAA